AAUCAGUUUCUCUAAAAGGCAUUAUAAUCAUUGUUUCAACCUUUAUUGACAUUGUAUCAUCAAAAACACAUUUGCAAAUCGAUUGGUCGCCAGUUGUGACCGAAAGUGAUAAGAAUGCUAUCAAAACGAUAUCAGACAAAUGUGCACUUCGUUUUUUUCACGGUAUAACGACGUCUUACACAGAAAAAUCACCGUCAAUUUAUGCCAAUGUUGUUUGUGCAUUGAUGAGUUUGAGUCCACCAAUGGACUUAAUGAAGACUUUAAAACUUUCUAUUCAAAAGGGAUCUUUCGACUUAUUCAGUUUGGAUUAUUUGAGUAUAAUUGAACGUCACUUAGCCAAGAAUAUUAAUGAUUAUGAUGAACAGGAUCUUAAAACAUUUAUUUCUAGUUGUCUUCAUCAAGCAACUUUAUUUAUGGAAAAGGAUAUUUUCAAAAAUUGUAGCAAUGAAGCAUUGAAAGCCAUUUUUAACAAAAUUGAUGAUUUGUCAACUAGUCUGGAUGCAAAUAUUAUCGGAGAGUUCAUUUUUGUUCUUUUGGAAAAAAAAAUUGACGAACCAACAAUUUUAAGGUGUAUAGCAUCGCUAAUUGUUACUGCAUAUAAUAAAGAGACAGUAUUUGGACCUUCUUUGGAUAAAGUUGUUGAAGCCAUCAUCAAUAAUCCUCAAUUUAAAGCAUUAU